GGGGUGGGGCGUCAGCGGGGCUAUGACUGGCGACUCGGAGUUGUCGCCAUUGUGAGUUCUGCAGGCGGAGGCGGCUGGGCCGCCCGCAGCGGGGGGUGUCUGGGACGGGACUAGAGGAGACGCGACGCAGGCUCGGAGGCACUGAUGGAUUGUGAGAAGGGUAAGACAGUGGCUUCCUGGCUUGCCAGUACUGUAGUUGGAGAAACAACGCCAUCUUUUACCCUUUUGCUACACCUAAGCAUUUAGGAGGCAAUGGGAUUUAGAGAAGCUUCAGCCCCUCUCAUCAAACUUAGGACUGUCAUAAGAAAGUGAACACUCAGAAUGGAGUCUAAACCUUCAAGGAUUCCUCGAAGGAUAUCAGUUCAACCCUCCAGUUCCUCCUCUUUAAGUGCUAGAACAUUGUCUGGAAGCAGAGGAAGCAGUUUAACUGAUGCAUAUCAUACAAGAGAAUCUUCACUGAGACUGGAUUCUGGAUGUCAGGAAUCCAGUCUGUUGCAUAGUUCCAGUAGAGACUGGGGAAUUGGAGAAAGAGGAGAAGCUCAUGAAACUCCUUGGAAGCUUACUAGUUCCUCUCCAACUCACUACUCGGGGACACUUGAUCGUCCAUGGUCUGGAAGAUUUUUGGGAAGCAGAAGCAGAUUGUCUACAUCCUCCUCCUCUCCCCUUUCAUCUACUUGGUAUGGUGAAUCUGAGAGAACUCAGGGAGCAUACUCAAGACUACAUAACCAGCAGCGGGAUAGUGAUUCAAAGAGACCUAAGCUUUCCUAUACAUCUACCUCUUCUGUGAGAAGUAAUGGCAUAAAUGCAGUUUCAGAUUCCUCAUGGAGGUAUAAUCAAGUUCCUAGAUCUUCAUCAGUGGUACUCAGUUCUCUGGGAACUGAGCUAGUGAGAGAGAGGAGAGAGCUAGAAAGGAGAACAGAUCCAUCUGUUAGUAGUCUUGUGGAUUAUAGUCACAGGAGUGGUGACUUUACAUCUUCAGCAUAUCUUCAGGAUAGACCUGCCUCUUCAUAUGCACAGGGAGCAAGACCAAAAGAUAAUUCAUUGAGCACUUUGAGGCUGAAUACAUCCAUGAACCGCCAGUUGCCUUCUGAACAUGAUUCAUCUUUAUUCUCUGGAGUCUCUAGCAGGAGCUCUUCAAGAUCUAACUAUUCUACAAGGGAAAUGGAAUCGUCUCAAAGGAAUAUACAGCCAGAGUUUACCCACAUUGCCAUUAGAGAUGAAAUUCCCUCCACAAGCAGCACUGAAAGGGUUGCGUCUCAAAGGUCACUCAGUGAGCCUCCAGCAGAUACUGAAGGAAGGCGUACAACUAGACAAUUACUAUCUCGUUUAGCUUCUAGUAUGUCAUCUACAUUUUUCUCACGGAGGUCUAGCCAAGACUCAUUAAAUGCAAGAUCAUCAGAUUCUGAAGAUUCAUGUGUUGUCCCAAGAGUUCAAACUUCUACCCAAUCUAGCACUAAUGCAACUGCACGUCCUGAAGUUCCAGGCCUUCAGACACCUGAAGCUUCUCAGGGAUUUAGCUUUCUGAGACGAAGAUGGGGCUUAUCAGGUGUUUCACAGAAUCAUAGUUCUGAUUCAGAUGCUGAAAGUUACAGACAAGAGCCUGAAAGUAGAAAUACAGGAUCCUGGUUAUCGUCAUCUCUAAGAAAUAGAUGUACACCUCUGUUCUCCAGAAGAAGGCGAGAAGGAAGAGAUGAAUCUGCAAGAACCUCUACCUCUGAAACACCUGCUAGAUCACUACACCUCUUUAGGAGAAGAGAGUCUAGCGAAGAGACUCCUCUUGAAGCACAGAGCAGCUCCCCUAGGACUGCUGCCAACAGACCACCAACACCAGCAGUAUCUAGCAGUCCUACAACUACUGCUUCCACACCAGAUUCAGCUCACAGUAGAAGUAGUUCUGGAAUAUCAGGAAUUCUUCCCGGCUCUUUAUUCCGGUUUGCAGUGCCCCCAGCAUUAGGGAGCAGCAUAUCUGACAAUGUGAUGAUAACAGUAGAUAUUAUUCCCUCAGGUUGGAAUCAACCUGAUGGAGAAGAAAGUGACAAGUCUAAAAUAUUACCUUCAAGAGACCCUGAAAGACUCCAGAAAAUUAAAGAGAGCCUCCUGUCAGAGGACACUGAAGAGGAGGAAGGUGAUCUAUGUAGAAUUUGCCAGAUGUCAUCUGCAUCUUCUACCAACCUCCUAAUAGAGCCAUGCAAAUGUACUGGAAGUCUGCAAUAUGUUCAUCAGGAAUGCAUGAAAAAAUGGCUGCAGUCCAAGAUUAAUUCUGGUUCUUCUUUGGAAGCAGUAACUACUUGUGAGCUGUGUAAAGAGAAGUUGCAUCUUAAUCUUGAAGAUUUUGAUAUUCAUGAACUCUAUAGGGCACAUGCAAAUGAACAAGCAGACUAUGAAUUUAUCAGCUCUGGUCUCUACCUUGUAGUAUUGUUACACUUGUGUGAACAACGCUUUUCUGAUAUGCUGGGAACUGCAAGUGAGGCCAGCACACGUGUCAGGCUUCAGAGGAUGAUUCCGAAGACAGUGAUGCUGGCAGAAGUUUUGACACUGCUUAAUGCUGCAAGAGCCAAACAGAAGUGCUGCAAAGAUGCUGAACUAGCAAGAAAGUACCAUCAAUAUGCAUUUAUUUUUUGCUCUCUUUAGUAGAAAGUGCAUUGAAUAUUACUAUAGUUUUUAAAGCAUUACUGAACUCAAUCUGUUGCUGCAUACCGGAACAUAAACAACGAAUUUGAAAACUAUUCAGCAAGGUGUGCAAGAGUUAGAUAUACAACACCGUAUCCCCUUUGAGAUGGGAUCUUAUGCCUUGUUUUGAAAAAGUAGAUUUUAAAUAUUUAAGGAAGUCAUAUCUCCCUUUAUAUUAAUGUCUUACUGUAGUCAAUUAGAUUGCUGGAUUGGUCUAUCAGGUUUUUCUCCUAUACUGGUAAUUGUGCGUUUUGGGGUGGCGGGACCCAUGUACUUAUAGCAUAAAUUUUCCUUUUAAAAAUGCUUAUGUUGUAGUUUCUUAUAAUCACUUGCUUCCAGUGUUAACAUAGGAUGAAUGGGUACUGUAAAACUACAGUGUUCAGUUUCCAAAUUUUAUUUGAAGAGUGUUAAACUCAAUAGCAAUAAGAACUUGCAAGGGGCUUCUACUAUUAAAGUGUUAAUGAUGGCUUUUUUAUGUACUGAUUUGGAAAUUUGAGAUUAUAUUUGAUAUUAUGUGGAUAUUCCAUUAAGGAAAUAUUGCAGCUGUAAACUCUUGCAUUUUGGCAUUCCUGGCAGAAAUGCAACUUGAUAGGAUUUAAAAUCUUAAUUGACCUGUUUAGUUUAAAAACCUUUUUUAGAUCCCACAUUCACUGUUAAAGCACUGGUUAUAUCAAUGUGUUUUCUAGUGUUGUCACUUCUUUAUAAAUAAAGAUGAUGCAUAGAA